AUGGCUGAGCCAGCCGCGGCCGACGGUGGUCUGCCGUUAUAUGCCCCACAAACUCAGAAUCUCAGAAUCUCAGAAUCUCAGAAUCUCAGAAUCUCAGAAUCUCAGAAUCUCAGAAUCUCAGAAUCUCAGAAUCUCAGAAUCUCAGAAUCUCAGAAUCUCAGAAUCUCAGAAUCUCAGAAUCUCAGAAUCUCAGAAUCUCAGAAUCUCAGAAUCUCAGAAUCUCAGAAUCUCAGAAUCUCAGAAUCUAAGAAUAUCGGAAUCUCAGAAUCUCAGAACCUCAGAAACUCAGAAUCUCAGAAUCCUCCAUAUAUGGAGGCUUGA